GUCCAAGCCACCCAAGAGGGAUGAAAAGGAGCGGAAGAGACGGAGCCCAUCACCCAGACCUACAAAGGUGCAUGUUGGACGGCUCACUAGAAACGUGACCAAGGAUCACAUCAUGGAGAUUUUUUCCACUUAUGGGAAGAUUAAAAUGAUCGAUAUGCCGGUGGACAGGCUAAAUCCACACCUCUCCAAAGGUUAUGCUUAUGUGGAGUUUGAGAACCCAGAUGAUGCUGAGAAAGCCUUGAAGCACAUGGAUGGAGGUCAGAUUGACGGCCAGGAGAUCACUGCCACAGCCGUGCUGGCCCCACGGCCCCGGCCCCCUCCGCGGCGCUUCAGCCCCCCCAGGAGGAUGCUGCCGCCGCCGCCCAUGUGGCGCAGGUCUCCCCCUCGCAUGAGGAGAAGGUCCCGGUCUCCCAGGCGCAGGUCCCCCGUUCGCCGGCGGUCGAGAUCCAGAUCUCCUGGACGAAGGCGCCAUCGCAGCCGCUCCAGCUCCAACUCCUCACGAUAAAGCAAAAAAGACUGGACAGCUUUUUAUUUUUUAACUUAAAUCCCAUCAGACUAAAUAUUGUACCUUUUUUUUUUUUAUAAUGGGUCUGGAUGAGGAAUGAAUGAGAGAGAAUCCUGGCAGCGAAGGCAACCUAACAGGAGACAGCAGCCAGCCCCCAGACAGUAGAUGACCUUUGCUUCGGGGCUUCUGGUUUCCUGGCAUUGAAUUGAAAUUAU